CAAACUUUUUGAUACAAUUCCUGAAUGUUAUGUUCCCAAAGUUGUAUUUAGAGGUUGCCUUAAAUCCUUCUGUUAUGAAUAAAUGGCUUUGUUUGUUGACCAUUGAGUUAGUAAACCAAAAGAAGCUUGAGUUCUAUUCAGAUUCAAGUUUUCUCAAUAUCACACACACAUGGAGAAAUUCAUUAGUAUAUUGUGGAAAAUCUAAUUACACAGAUGGUUCAAGAUGAUACAAAACUAAAACAAGACUUUCAAGCCCAAUGUUCCUCUGUUUCUAUUUCAACCAUGAGUGAAGCUGUUCAGGAAAGGCAGGUGCAUUCGAGAUGUUCAAGGGUUGGUCAUUGGUGCAAAUUAAGUCUGUUAAGGUGUAGUGCUUGGGUACAAGGUUAGAUUUUAUGAUGGAAGCUGCUAGAAACUUGCAAUGGUUAUAUUUCUGGAAUUCAAUUGAAAUGAGAAACCUAUUGUCCUGUUUCCCAUUUAAGUUCUUCACUUAUUUUUCGGUGAGUACUGCUUACCCUACAUUUUAACACGGUUUUCAAAGGUGUUUCUUUGAUUAACCAUUCAUUUGCAAAUUUAAUUUUAUACCUGUAUUUCCAAUAUAAAUAUAUAUAUAUUUUGGUUAUGUUUUCUCACCUUCUGUUUUUCAUCUCUCUGUUUCCUGCUUCUGCAUCAGGUUAGCAAUGAGAUUUUUUAUUUAUUUAUUUAUUUAUUUUUUAAAUUUUAAAUAUGCUGUUGCAAAAAUGUUUUGGAAUACCAUAUGUGAAUCAUGAUCCCAAUAGUCCAGGCCCACUAACAUAAAAUAGAUUGUGCGUUUUGUUAGAGAAGGUCGGAGGUAAGUGUAAUAAGUUUGGUACUAUACUUGUGUGAGAAAGUUUUACUUGCAAAUACAUCCGAGGACAUAGACUUGACUAUAAAAAGAUACGAGAUACUGACAGUUUCCAACCUGUGAUAUACAUUUGUUUCUGAUGACUUUCUGGUUACCUAUCCAUGCAUGAGACAACAAUUUUUCUAUUGGCUGCUCCAUAUUUUAUAAAAUUCGAUCAAAUCAUAAAGACUUCAUUGAUUUUUCACAUGUAUGUAAAGUAAUAUACAUUAAUAUGUGUGUAAUAAAAACUAUUCAUCUUUUAAAUGUGAAUAUUUUUGCAUCAAUUGUAAAUUUAUGUUUGAAAUAGUGUGAAUGAAAGUAUAUUUUAUCUUGAUGAAAAUCGUGGAAACGGAUGUUCAAUACUUCCCCGUCAAUAACAUUUCCCAUCAACUUCAAAGGAAACUUCCUAGUAAGUGGUUAGUAAGAGGCCAAAGAAUUUUGAAUGCCCACUUUCUGGCUCUUCUUAUUAAAAUUCGAUAGAAGGUUAGCUUUUCAAAUCUUGCUAAGAAAUCACAAUGGCGUUAAAAGUUCUUUCAGCCCUCGACACUGCAAAAACUCAGUUAUACCAUUUCAAGGCCAUCAUCAUAGCUGGUAUGGGCCUCUUCACUGAUGCCUACGAUCUCUUCUGUAUUGCUCCGAUUAUGAUACUCACCGGACGCGUCUACUACGAGAAGGAGCCUGACUCCAAAAAGUAUGUGAUCCCACCAAUCGUAGUGUCCACCAUAGUGGCUAUCGCUCUUUUGGGUACUGCGAUUGGUCAACUAGUAUUUGGAAGGCUGGGUGAUAAAAUAGGUAGGCGCCGCGUGUACGGGCUCGCUUUGAUGAUCAUGGUGCUGAGUUCCAUUGCAUGUGGGUUCUCUAUAGGCACCACAAGGACCUGUGUUCUGGUGAGUCUGGGGUUGUUCAGGUUCAUUCUAGGCUUAGGGAUCGGUGGCGACUAUCCCUUGUCGGCUACGAUUAUGUCGGAGUUUGCUAACAAGAGGACGCGUGGUGCUUUUAUAGCUGCUGUGUUUUCAAUGCAAGGCUUUGGGAUCUUGGCUGCUUCGACGGUCACCAUGGUGGUGUGUGCUAUAUUUGACCGUGCAUCGAAUUUGUCGGCAAAUUAUCCAACGCCCAAGGAAGCAGAUCUCGCAUGGAGGUUGAUACUAAUGAUUGGUGCAAUUCCCGCUGGGUUAACAUUUUAUUGGCGAAUGAUGAUGCCCGAAACUGCUAGAUACACAGCUUUGGUGGAACAAAAUUUCGUCCAAGCGGCUAUGGACAUGGAGAAGGUGUUAGAACUUCCAAUGAGUCAGAUUGUGGAAGAUGAGCUAUUGUUACCUAUUCCACCAUCAUAUCCCCUCCACUCCAAGCAAUUUUUCCGUCGCCAUGGUCGUGAUUUAUUCUCUUGCUCCUUUACAUGGUUUCUUCUUGAUAUUGUUUUUUACAGUAGCACCCUCUUCCAGUCUCAUAUAUAUAAUCAGCAUCUCCCAAAGAAUGAAGAGAUGAAUGCCUAUCGACAUGCUUUUGAGGUUGCAAAACUCCAAGCAAUUAUCGCAGUUUGUUCUGCAAUUCCAGGCUAUUGGUUCACUGUUUAUUUCAUUGAUAGGAUUGGAAGGGUCAAAAUUCAAAUGAUGGGUUUUUUCUUUAUGGCAAUGGUUUUCUUAGCACUGGGGAUACCCUAUUACGAAUAUUGGGACAAAGAAAUAAAUAACUCUAAACCCAAUAAAGGUUUUUUAGUCCUCUAUGGCCUCGGCUUCUUCUUCUCAAAUUUUGGACCGAACACUACUACUUUUAUAGUUCCAGCGGAGCUUUUCCCAGCAAGAUAUAGAUCAACAUGUCAUGGCAUUUCUGGGGCUAUUGGGAAGGUAGGGGCAAUUAUUGGUUCUGUAGGAUUUUUAUGGGCUUCAAAUGGGAAAAAAGAGACUAAAGAAGCAGAGGGUUAUCCUGAAGCACUUGGAAUGACUGCCUCAUUGAUAAUACUUGCUGGAGUUUGUUUGCUAGGGAUGGCGGUUACAUUCUUUUUCACUCGUGAAACUAUGGGAAGAUCGUUAGAGGAGAAUGAGAAUGAUGAUUAACCUAAUUAGCUGUGCUUAUCGAGAAUAAGUAUACAGUUAAUGUUAUUUUCAUAAAGAUCAAGGUUUUAUCUGUUUUAUGUCAAAAGUCCAAACCAUGUUUAAUCCUCAUGAUCUCCCUUCAUGCUAGAGUGAAUUGUGCGAUUGAGGUACAACAAAACUUGAUUGAAUUGAAAUAUUCUUUUAAAAUUGAACUUCCUGUAUGUAGAAAACUAGUUAUUUGUUUGCACUUUGCACAUAGUAAUUUGUACGUCAUAUUCCUUGUCAAAGUAACAUCUUUGUACAUUGUUAUU